CGGAUGCGGACGUGGACCUACAGUUUGCCGCUGGUAUACCAGUCAGUUUUGAUAGUCAGACAUUACUUGAAAAAACAAUUCUUACAGCUUUGUUGUGGAUAACUUUUCCAUCUGCUCUUUAUUUAUCUGUGAUGUUCAAUUCUGAAAUUUGCGUACUAUUGCCUUCGUAUUGUCGAGAACGUCUAUCAAAAUUCUAAACAUUGGGGCGUGUAUCUGAUCACAACCACCUGCUUAGAGACUCUCAUUCAAGUCCAACCUUGCGAGACGUAAAAAAUAUCAUUCUCCUUACAGUUGUGAAUUCGAAGAAUAGGGGCGGAUAGUCGGGUUUUCAUAUAUCAUUGCGGAAAGUUGACUGUAGGAUUGUAAUUGUCAGUACCAGCAUUGUUAGAAAGUGGCAGUUAUUGAUGUGAAAACCAUCCUAUUUUCUAAGGACGCGUGCCACGGUUGAGAUAUUGUAUCAGAACUCUCAGCUACCAUCAUAGUUUGGCCAUUUCGUGACAGUCUCGUGUGAAGAAGACGUGUUCGGGAAAUCACGCAAGGACUUGAUAUUUGGUUUUAGUGCCGAUUAUCAGUAAAAUCAGGAUGGAGUCUCGCUUGAUACAAAGGAUUUUAGAUCACAGCAUUCACUAUGCUAAGAUCAUGAAAAACAACAGGUUGAAGGAUAUGAAAACAAAGAUGUCUGAGGAGGUGGUCAUCGCGAAGUAUGACUAUACAGCGCAGGACAAACGGGAACUCAACAUCAAAAAGAACGAGAAACUGUUCCUCUUGGACGAUUCGAAACAUUGGUGGAAGGUUCUAAACUACAAAUCACAGGCAGGUUUCGUGCCGUCGAACUAUGUGAAAAAGGUGAAACCGGGUUUGUUUUCCAGUCUGCGGAAUACGCUUGGUCGGAGGAAAAAUAGUCAUGACAAAGGUGCAGCCGCGGCUUCGAUUAAAAAUGGCGGAGCGGUAUGUGAUCGUACAGACUCGACAGAUAUUGAAAUACUGCCAUGUAAGAAUGUCUCGGCAGUGGUGCGGUAUGCGUACGAGGCGCAGAAAUUGGACGAAAUGUCUUUAGUCAAAGGUGAAAUCAUUACUGUUAUAGAAAAAUCCAGCGACGGCUGGUGGCGGGGGAAGAAAAAGACGUCCGAGGAGGGCGGGUGGUUCCCGUCAAAUUACGUCAUAGACUGUUCUGAGGAACCGAAUUCAAAUACGUUACCCUCAGGUUUGAUUCCUGCUGAUCCCACGCCGCUGCGGGAAAACGGCGUCGCGACGGAAAGCGUGGAAAUCGUACUGACUAUGUACCCGUUUACGAGUAAUACCGCGGAGGAGUUGUCGUUUGAUUGUAACGAGAGGUUGGAGGUUAUCGAGAAGCCGUUGUCUGAUCCGGAUUGGUGGCGUGCGAGAAACGCUCAAGGUGCUAUUGGACUAGUGCCGCGCAACUAUGUACAAGUUGUGGACUCUGAUUUUGAAAAUACGCUCAGUAUGUCGCAGUCACAUUCGAACUCUAGUAUAAGUGGCGGGAACCUUUCGACGAGUAAUUCGCUCGGACUGAGCGCGAUGGUCGCCGGUUCAGCGACUAACGUUCGGAGUCAGUUUGAUAUAUCUGGCCCGCUGAUGGAUAAGGAAUGGUACUAUGGUAAAAUAUCCCGGCAGGAGUGUGACGAUAUGAUGAAUGAGUUUGCGGAGAAUGGGGACUUUUUAAUCAGAGACAGUGAAUCAAAGGCCGGCAACUUUACAGUCACGUUAAAAGCUGAACACAAAAAUAAGCACUUUCGCGUCAUACUUACCGACGAUAUGUACUGCAUCGGCCAACAAACAUUCGACUCUUUGGACGAUUUAGUUGACCAUUAUAUGAAACAUCCGAUCUACAAACACGAGGUGGAAAAACUCUACUUAAUAAAACCGUUCGUUCACCCGGAGGAUAGGAUGAGCAAGUUAUAGGAUUGGCGAUUCCUGGACUUAUGGCGCAGUGGUCCGGUUUGAAGACUACCUGUGACCGUGGUUUAAAUGCGAAAAGUGAUUCACCGGCAAUUUUUAUAAAACCCCGCAAAACUGAAGAAAGUGUCUCCACUCAUACAUACAUACAUACAUACGUACCGAAUUUCUAUAGCACCCGUUUCAAGCUGAUGCUCAUUCACGGGCGCUUUACAUUGUUACAUCGGCUUACAGAAGGCACUAGUUGAAAAGAUGUGUUUUGAGCAUUUUUUUAAAGAUGUUUCGACUGGGUGCCUUCUGUAAGCCCUCUGGCAAUUGGUUCCAGAGCUUGGCGGUGAAAACGCUGAACCGCCGUUGAGAUGUAUACUUUAAAAAGCCAAAUUUCCUCGGGUGGUUUUUUUGCCGAUUUUACCAAUAACCUCGAUACGCAGAUCUAUUAUAAUGGGGAGUUUGUAUUUUCAUCUCAAGUGGAAAUAAUUUCUUCAGUCAUGUUUGAUGCCACAAUGUAAUCAAUGGAUUAUUUCACUGGAGUUAAAGAUAAUCAAGAAACCUCCAAAGUGAAGUUUUCUCACCUACAGCUGAUGAAUGGUAGACUAUACAGCAAGAUUAAUCAAGAUUGGUGUUUUAUUAGCUAAAUCUUGAAUGUUGAUCAAAAUGUAUUCUGAAAUGAGUUAUAAGUUAUUGUUUGUAUUCAUUUGAAAGUUGAUUCUUGGUUUGAUGCAAGAUGUCACCUCCCUCUUUAACCAGUUGUAUUUACUAGGGGUUGACAUUUUUGUCGGAUUUAGAUGUCGGCAUAAAAGGGGUCAGCGGGAACAUGUUCAGUGGGCUACACCCUAUGUAAAAUAGAAUUCUUUACGUCCCGCAAAAGUUUAUUGUCAACUUUCUGACACUCAGAAGUCUAUUGUGGACUUUUUAAUUUGAAGAGGGAACAGCCUUUUACUGUUCUUUCUCCAGAGGGUUAUUCCUGAAUGUUUCAAAUCCUGAGUUGAAGUGACGUUAGCAAGGCUAAGUUUUCCUGUAUUCCGAAAAACUGUAAGGAAGGAUGACAUCAUUGUAAUGAUUAAAGUUGAAUUAAAAAAUGCCCUAAUAUGCCUGGACUUGGGGUUAGUCGGAUUUCAAUAUGCUUAGAGACUUUCUGUACAAAAAAAACAUCUAGUCGUGGGCCUUGUGAAAUAUGCUUAGUAGUGUUCUUUUAAUUUGAAACAACAAUAUGAAAAUAAUUCAUACUUAACUUUUCAGAACCCCCUCAGAUAUUUCACGAUAUUCAGAGAGCCGAAAUUUGCUGACUCUCUCUGGUGUAACCAGUCAGUGUUUUGAUGAAAGCGCUUGGUGAAUCCGACCUUCCGAAUAUUUGCUAUUAUUGGAGAAAUCCCACCUUUCAAGUCAGUUAUGGUGCUUAUCAGUUGACCUUGACUCAAGGUCAUUGUGACUGGUGUAAAGGUCAAAAUGUGACCUUGGUGUAAUCAACUUCAAGGUCACUUGGAAUAUAUUCAUGUGUUAUUGAUGUAAUUGGUAUAAAUGGGUAGAAUAUUCCAGAUGUAAAUAGAAUUUGUAUGAAAAUUGUCCUGGGUUUUGCCACAUGGACAAUUUACUAAGAUUUUCUGUUAUUUGAGGAAAAUAAAAUUUUUGUGUUGAGCUUCAAAUAUUUGGAAAUGAUUGUAUCAUAAUUAAAUGACCUGUGUGUUUCAAGAGUUGAUGGUUCAAAUUUGUGGCCAAAUUUUUCAUGGAGUGUAACAAAACUGAUGCUCAUUUUGACUCGUGCCUUGUUGUCUUUGCCUAGCUCAAGUAAAUAAAAACCACAGAUCAAAGUAAUAUGACCAGUAGCUUGCGCUCAAGAGCCCAAAACAAAGAUUAAAAAUGAAUAAAUGGGCCAAAGACAUCGUUUGGGUAUACAGUAUGCUGUACAAUAGAGGCUUUGUUUACCAAUGAUAUUGUGUUCAAAACCAAAAAAAGGUUUGUUACUUACAACCAGAUUUCUUACUGGAAACGACUUUGUGAAUACUGUGAAAUGCAAUUUGUUUCUUUUCUCCUUUUUCCUGCUUUUGCUUGUUGAAAAUAUGGUCAGUAAGAAAUACAUGUACGUGUAUAGGAUAUUAGAACUUAAAUUGUCAAAAAAAGGUAUUUUACGAUGUGUUUUAUAUUCGAAAGUCGAUGUGCAGAAUAGUCCUGAAGUUGAACUGGACUUCAGAGUCUAUAAUGGGGAUGUUUUAGUUUCUCUGCCCUUACAAUGUAUGAAGGUUAUCAUACGUAACAAAAGACAGGGGUCAGUCUCGUGGAAGAAGUAACUCAUUACUUGCCUCUCAUAGUUUAAAUUCCAUAAAACAAUGUACAAGUCAUAUUUAUUGAGACACCCCGUAGGUCUGAUUAGUAAUACAUGUGUACCAACGGGCAGUGAAGAAAGCAGUCAUUACAUUCAUAUGUAAAUAGUCAUUACCUUGCAUGUUUCAGUGUUUGCUGAUUUUGCUUCUCGGUUUAUGCAAGUAUCAAUGUGUGCCUUGUACCCUCCCUCCUCAACGUUUUCAUUUUGAUAUCUGUUCGGGUCAAGCAUCAUCACUAAAUUGCAAUAAAUACUUGGUUAAAGCAGUCGUACCUGAAAACGGCAACCGACAACACACCAACUAAAAUUAAAACAAAGAUUUCAACUUAUCACUGCAAGUAUUGGAAAGGUUGUCAUAGAUUCAUUGACCGAUCUUGAUCAGCAAGGGGAAGGGGGGAGGGUGGUAUGAGAUACACAUUGAAAAGUGCAUUGUGCGUUCAUAGAAACUGAGGAGAAGACAUGGCAAUGGUAUUAUAUUAAAAAUCUUUCGGUUAUUCAAGUAGGUCUCGCACCAAUCUAUUUCCUAUUUCACAAGUGAUUUGCAUGGCCAAAUGGCCUGCCUAAGUUAUGCUUUAUUAUAUGAGGGAGAGGCAGAGGUUGUCAUGCGACUUAACACGUUAGUCCAGACUAUCCAGUCACCGAGUAGAACUCAGCUGAGCUACUUAGUCAGCCGACAAUCAGAGCAUUUCUGACCGGUAGCAAUUCAUACACCUGGGUGGAAUAAGGCAUGUUUAAGGCAAAGAGAACUGUUAAGUCUCGUGCCGACUCUGGUUUGAACCAGGGACUGCGCCAAUAGUGGAUGAGAGUCUGAGCCACCUGUCACGGCGGCUCCUGUAGAAUACUUCAUCUAUCACCUCGGCACUAUUCGUUGCUACAACUUCAAUUACAACUGAUUGAAAGCCAUUUUGGCCACAGCAGUCUCUUGUGAAAUAGUGAGUGGGAAAGGACCAUUGUGCAUUGGAUGUAUUCAGAUGUACAAGUGAUCCUCUUAUGUUGGUUGGACAUGAAGUGUAGUAGAUCGAGAGAACUUGCUCCAUGUUCUUUGUAUUGAAGUUAAGCGAUUGUAUUUACAUGUGGGAAGCAUGUUUAAAUAAAGUAAAUAUAAGAUAAUUUA